AUGGCUCACCCACUCGGGACGUCGCAUUCAUCUCAGAAUCUCCGUGCCUGGUCUGCAUACCACCCACGUCGACUACCCCAUUCCGCCAGCUCAGUCUCUCUCUUGCUACCUCAGAGCGCUAGCUAUCAGAGCUUCGGUCAUGGUAGUAGGGUACGGAGCAGUGGUACUUGGACCACGAGUAGUGGCGAGCUCGGCCUUCUCAGCAAUGCGGAUGAGGUGGAUGACAGAGAUGUGUUUGUCCAGGAAUAUAAUAGGCUUGCUAAAAAGCAUGGCGUAAGACAGUUGAUGAGUGAUGACUUUGAUGUCCAUCAACAGGGAGAUGCGGCACGAUACCGAGAAAAGAGAGGCUGGUUGUCGAGACUUCUUCGGCCGAGCCCUAGCACAUUCCCUCAUAAUGCUUCGACGUCGCCGCCGCCUCCACAGAUACGACACAAACGAAGUGUUUCCGAACUGGCACAUAUAAUACACUGCAGAAGAGAGGCCCCCAGAAUCAUCGAGAUCCAAGACAUGGUGCGACUCAGUGGUAAAAGCAUGCUUUACCUUCCCCAAGAGUACUCGCCGUGCUCUCUCAUUUUGCCGACUUGCAUUAGAGCAACGGCGCAGCAUUUGGCUCAAAACGUUGCAACUCGAGGGUUAUUUCGCGUUCCCGGAUCUUCAAAAGUCAUCAGCGCUUUGUUUGACUACUACUGUUUUGAGAGUGCACAUGUUAACAUUGCGAGCACUGUGCGCUGCGCUACCUUGCCUCUGCACAUUCAGUACUCUGUCCACGACGUGGCAUCUACCUUCAAGCGUUUACUUUCUGUGUUGCCCGGGGGCAUUCUGGGAUCAUUGACUCUCCUGGACGCAUUGAUAGCUAUUCACUCUCAGCUUAAUGGAGAGCCAGAAUAUCCCCGAACAAAGCAAACCAAGGUCAGGGCACGAUUGAUUGCUUUGGCGAUAGGUACCAUCAAAUCGCAGUAUCGCAGAGAAAUGAUAUGCGCUGUAUUUGGCCUGUUAAGCCUCAUUGGGCGGGUUGCGGAAGUUGCUCCCCGGGAAGAUGAAGAUAGUAGACCUCUUCCCACGGCUGAUUUGAUGGGUUACAAUGCACUGGGUAUUGUCUUUGGUCCAUUGCUGGUCGGAAACCUGCUAGACCAAUACACCAUGAAAGUUGCGACCCCGAGCACGGGAUUGCUACUGUUUCCACUGAGUCCUCCUCGAUUCCGAAGGGACCGACGAAAGUCGACUCAAGUCGAUACCAAGACUUUAGGGCCACCCACUGUUGACAAGAUACUGGUAGCCAACAGCAUAACAGAAAUGUUGAUCGCCAACUGGAGAGACGUGGUCCGCCAGAUGAAGUCCCUUGGUACACACUGUCGGAAGGAUACGUCGGUGGUGGACCUGGUUAGCAAGGAUGAGAAGUUUCCGUCUCCGCCGGGCUUCAACUUAAGAGUUCCUAAGAAUUUUGAUAAAGCAGAUGGUGAAAUGAUGAGAAACGAAGAGAAUGAGCGGCACGAAGAGUUCGAAUCGCCGAUACAUGGACAAAGGAAGCGACGAGUGAAAGGUCUAAGGCGAACAACCUCUCAAAGGCUAAAACCCAAAAUUAGCAUUGCCACGUUGAGUCCCACUAAAGAAGAGAGCAUGGGAGACGAUGAGUCCACUGACGGAAACGAAACCCAUCAUAACAAGGAGAGUGUCAUUCAGCGAUUACAAAAGGCGGAAGAAAACCGCAAAUACAAUGAGGCUGCAACCAUAGCCAAUGCUGAUGAUAAACCCCAAGGAGCUGUGGAAGGCGAGCCGGGUUCUGGUCCUGCUCCAACAGCCGAGGAAGGCAAUGUUGCUGGUGAAGUUGAUUCAAGUGCAGAGCCCGCACAGGUAUAUCUUGAGAGUGUUCCACCCAGAGAAUCAUCGAGAAAUGUGGCAUCACACGAUGGUAUUGAUAGACCUUUGCGACGACCGACUUCACAGGGAAGCGUAAACUCGCCAAGAUUGUUGGAUGACAUUGUGUUGGAUUCAAGUCGCUCUGGGCAAACACCAAGAACAAGACGGCUGUCACUGGCGUCUACCGUGCAAAGCGGAUCCGCGAAGCCAUCACCAGGUCGCAUGAGUCCUGCUUCACCAUCGCUUAUGAGCACAAUAGAGAUGCCUGAAGGGGGUAUUCGGCUUGUUCAAAAAAGCCCUCCUCUAAACGCCAAGGUGGAGGACGUCCAAGAUAGGUCUGCCACUCUUGGCAUUGGGACAUCGUACACGUCUCAAGACCAAGGUGUCCAGUGCGAUAUGUUUCGGGAGAGUGAGGCCCGGCGCUCGAUUGACGUUACUCCUGAACGCUUCUAUGCGUAUGGGAAGGCGCUGGAAAAUGAGCCCAGGAUGUAUCUCGAUGGCAUUCGACAGUUCGCGAUUACACAGAAGCGGCCUACUGUAAUACACAAGCCGAGACUAUCCAAGUCACAUGAGAAUUUGAGAAGUCAUACCACAAUUACCCUGGAAUCACCAACAGAGUCCACCGAGUCCAAGGGACUAAGCAAACGCGGGUCCGUUAAAACAAUGGCAGCAAUGUUCGAAAACCAAAGCACUGGCCGACAAUCACCAAUCUUUAGGGAAGACUCAAUUGCAGCACAGAAAGGAAGCAAAAUGCACUCCCGAGAUAGGCAUUCGAAGUCAGAUUCGGCGUGGACGCAUCACGUCUUUGAUCCGUUGAUUGAACCACCGCAAAGAAACUCUGAGGGAAGUGCGACAAGAGGACAGGGAGUUGAGCUCCACCAAGUUGUCAGAGGUAUACUUAAUGACAGGCUCAAAGGACCAGGUUUGGAGAGGGACAUGGAUGGAGGUUUUCAGGAUGCCACCUUCUACAGUCCUUCAAGGUUUCUCGGAAAGACGGGGACCAGCGCGGUAGACGAGAAGACACUGAAGGCAGUCCCAAGCCUGGGCACCAUGUUGCCUUGCCGCGAACAGCCGCCCAUCGCACAUCAUCUGAAUUUGGCUCGGCCGCUCUCGUCGCCAAUUCCAAUGCAGGAACCGGAUCCUAGCGCAGUUCUGGACAUAGUUUCCACGACGCAGACUCCUCGACCUCGAAGUGCUACGAUUCUAUAUUCUCAGAUUCGCAAUCUUCAGCGCCAGCUAUCUUCAAAGACGGAUGAAGCGGCACAACUGAGAAGGCAACUCGAUGCACAAAAGGACUCUGACGUUGGAACAGUCAGUGAACAACUGAGGCAGGCGAAGAGAGAUGUUGCCACGUGGAAAGACAGAGCCGAGACUGCGGAACGGAGAGUCAAAGUGUUUGAGAAGUUUGUUGAGAAGUUGAAGGAAAUCCGAGACGCCAUCGCGGAAUCAUAUCCCCACAAGACGGGGGGUGAAGAAGACAACGACUCGAACCAGCCGUCUGGUGAAGGAAGCCUCGGGAUUAGAAGGGCGAUUAAUGCCCUGCAUAUCGCCCAUGCGACAGAAGGUAAGGAAAAUGGCGGGCAAGGAGACAAUGCUACGAUGGUGGCGGCCAAAACUCAAAAGUGUUUGCAUGGUCUGUCGGCUACACAAGAUGGGACGCUAGAUUCGGAUCGGGUGAGCAGCACGGCAGGUGACGGACGUGUCCAAAAUAGUCCAUGCAACUGUUUGGCAACGCGUAUGAGAAAGAGCUCAGAGCAGAUUUUGGCGGUAGCUGAGGAACUUUUGCGGAUUCACGAGGAUGGUGUAGCGUGA